GGUUUCCUUCCGAGCACGCGGGGUCGAGAUCAGCCAUGGCGGCGGCGGCAGCGGCGGCAGGGACUGCUGGAGCCGAAGCCGCGCUGGCCGCCUGCCUGGAGGCGCUUCUGGGCAGCCGGAGCAGCGCCAACCGCGUCUUCGAGGUCCUGGAGUUGCUGCAGGCCGAGGAGAAGGAGGUGGUCCUCAGCGCCAUUCGCACUUGCAGCCGUCUCUUCGGGGCCUUUCUAGAGAGGGGAGAGCUGUUUGUGGGGAAGUUGCCUCCUGAAGAGGAAUUCCAGCAAGAGAACCACAGUGCAGAAGACAAAUACAAGAUAUGGAUGCGGCAUCGUUACAACAGUUGCCUCAACUGUCUGGGAGAGCUGAUGGGCCACCAGUCUUUUCAAGUCAAAGAGUCUGCCUUUUGUACCCUGAUGAAAUUUGUUGAACUGGAAGCUAAACAUCCUCUGGUUAAAGCUGAAUGGAGCUUCAAUUUCCCACAGGAGCUUUUGAAAUUGGUUGUGAAGAGCUUACUCCCGACGGAAGAAGAUUCCUCGCUCCUGGUUUCUCGCUGUCAAGAAUACCUGGAGUACGAUGACGUCCGGUUCUUCCUGAUGAAGGCGGUGGCUGAAAAUAUCGGAAACGUCAUGCAGAAGACCAAAGAGGUGCCCCUUCCAGUUUACCAGAGGAAUGUCUUCACCCUCAUUUCGUCCAUCGUCAUGCCAAGCGAAGAGAGCGAAAUCAAAAACUUCCUCGUGAAACAAGCUAACCAGGAGGAAUGGAAGGUGUCAAAGCUGAAGGAGCACAAGCGGGCCUUUGAGAGGAUGUGGCUUGGCUUUCUCAAGCACAAGCUACCUGGCAGCCUCUACAAAAAGGUGCUGGUCAUCUUGCACGAUUCCAUCCUUCCUCAUAUGAAUGAGCCCACCCUCAUGAUAGAUUUCUUGACAGUUGCCUACGAUGUAGGCGGAGCGAUCAGCCUUCUGGCCUUAAAUGGCCUUUUUAUUCUGAUUCUCCAUCAUAAUUUGGAAUAUCCUGGCUUUUACAAGAAGCUCUACAGUCUCCUUGACCCGUCCAUCUUCCAUGUGAAAUACCGUGCCAGAUUUUUCCGGUUAUUGGAUUUGUUCCUGUCUUCGUCACACCUGCCGGCGUACCUGGUGGCCGCCUUUGUCAAGCGCCUCGCCCGGCUGGCCCUCACAGCUCCGCCCGAAGCUCUGCUGAUGGUGAUCCCGUGUAUCUGCAAUCUUUUGCGGCGGCAUCCAUCCUGCAAGGUGCUCAUCCACAGGCCUGGGGGUCCUGAAGAUAUGUCGGAAGACCCUUACGUGAUGGCUGCGGAAGAGCCUUCGGAGAGCAGGGCUCUGGAGAGCUCCCUUUGGGAGAUAAAGACGCUGCAGAACCAUUACCACCCAGAAGUGGCAAAAGCCGCUGCUGUGAUCAACAUAUCUCUGUCCGAAAUGGAGGAGGACAUAACAGAGUUUUUGGAACUGACUGCCUAUGAGAAGCCAGGGAGGGAGCUUGGAACCUUCAUGCAGAUGCUCUUCCCAGGACGGCCCCAUCUCCUAAGGGGAAUAUCUUACAGCGCUCACACAUGUAGUCUCCCAUGCAAAUGCAAACCAUGGUGGACCCUGCUUAGCAAAGGGGACAGUUCCUGCUUGCUACCACAAGACCAGCUCUUCUCCCCAGGAGGCUCGAAUCAUUGAUCGGGAUAUCAAGAAAGAAACAACCGAUGUCCCGUUGGAAUUUCAGCAAGUCCGAGGUCUGUUUGGCAAGAAGGACGAUAUCUUCGCAGAGCACUUCGCGCUGGAAUGAUGAAAACCUUUAUUGAUGGGCUUUGUAAUAAAGUUUUUUUUUUAAAAAAAAAUUAAGAA